UGCGCAGCCUUCAGAAUUCAGAGUCUCGCGACACAAUCCCACAAAGCUUGCCAUCACCCGGUCUCAGGAAUGGUAAUUCCAUUGAAGGAAAGUCGAAGAUAGCGAGUUUCAAAUUUUCUGAAGCGAAACUGCGAAAGCUUAACAAUCUCACAGAGCCUUCACUCAAUGGAGAUUGGCUCUUCCCCCUCAACCUUCUGCUUUCAACCAGCACUCCAGCCACUGAUUAAAACUGGUACUAGUGUUUCUACUUGCUGCUGGAGGAACAGAAGAGUUCUCGCAGAGAGCUUGUCAGUCUCUUACCGGAAGUUCGUUGACUUCGCUUUGGAAGAAACCAAACACCACACUCAUUUGGUUCCUUCGCCUUUACAGGAAAAAUUCAAUUCUAUCAAUUCUAAGGAUGGCAAAGGAGUGCUUCAUAUGCUGUCCUUUCAAGCUGCCAAGAUUAGGCUUCUGCGAAGUUUGAGCAUUGAAACUGAAACAAUGCAGGUUCUGGAUUUUGCUGUCUUUCCAAAAGUAGAAUAUGAUGUGCCCAUAUUUUGUGCUAACUUUUUCACCAGUGGCAGAUCAAACAUAAUUGUGUUGGACCUUAACCCACUGCAUGAUAUUAUCAAUCAGCAGGAUUACAAGGAAAAGUACUUUAAACGCUUAAUUCCCCUUGGCCUCAAAUAUUCCGAGCUUUUACCAUGGGGAGGGAAGCUCACAAGCGAGUCCCUACAAUUUUUUUCACCCAUUGUCAUAUGGACAAAGUUUUCUUCAAGUCCAGAAAACUAUGAUAUUCUGUAUUCUGCAUUCCAGGAUUACUACAAGGCAUGGCUGGAAUUAACAGGCAAAGCAGUUGAGGAGACAGAUGCAUCUCAGAUUUCCUGCAAUCGUGAAGCACAACAUAGAUAUCUAACCUGGAGAGCAGAAAAGGAUCCAGGUCAAGGGCUUUUAAAGAAGCUGAUUGGGGACACACUUGCAAAGGAUUUGCUGAGAAACUUUCUAUUCAAUGGAGCUGACGAACUUGGAAGCAAAAUGUUCCUUGAUUACUUCCCAGAAUUCCGCAGCAAGGAUGGCACUGUAAAUAAAAUACACAGCAUUGUAGGAAAGUCUUGCGAAAAUCGCCCUUGGGAUGCAAGAGGAGAAUUUAUUGGCAGCUGAUUUCACCAUCCGGUUUUGGUAAAUUGCUGUUUUCUUUUCAUCUCUUCUAUCGGAUCUCUUACCCCUUUUUUCUUCUCAAUUUUGGCUUCCCAUCAUCUGAUAUUUUUUGUUCUUUGAUCUUCAAUGUAAUAUUUAUUACUGGAAAAGUAAUUGCUUAUAGUGGAUCAUGGGUAUCAACAAAUCACUAACUGGUUGAAGAUUCAAAGCCCUAAUCUAAGUAGAAUUACCGCCUUUAA